UUCUACGAUACACACUGCAAACGUAGAUAAUAUACCAAAUUCCGUCCUAUUGAUUAGCGAAAAAAAUAUAAAUGGCUCCAUUUAUCCAAAUUCACCAAAGCCUAUAUAUUGGUUUGUUUUCAUUCUUCUGAGACUCGUCAGCUGCGAAAAUGGCACCCGAAUUAGCCGUCACAGAUCACUCCGCCGCCGACGAUAGAUCGAAGACGCAGGCGGCGGCCUCCAAAUCCUUCGUCUUAGCUGACCUCAACGUUGACCUAACUGAAUCCGACGGCAACGAUUACGCCCCCGUCUCCACUGCUCCAGAUUUCACCUCGUUGAUGUAUUCUGAAAAUAAUCAUGAUAAAGGACCUUUAAUUACGAAAGACACUGAUAUUGCGGAUGGAGAAGAUGCUGAUCAGCAUGGUCAAGGGGUUUCCUCAUCACGUGAGGAGAAAGUGAGCAGCCUUAAAACAGGAUUGGUACACGUUGCAAGGAAGAUGCCGAAAAAUGCCCAUGCUCAUUUUUUAUUGGGCUUAAUGUAUCAACGGAUGGGUCAGCCACAAAAGGCAGUUUUGUCAUACGAGAAGGCAGCAGAGAUUUUACUUCGCAGUGAAGAAGAGAUUGACCGACCAGAGUUUCUUUCACUGGUUCAGAUUCACCAUGCUCAGUGCCUUCUACUUGGAAGUUCAGGGGACUGUAAUCCAGAAAGGGAAAUUGAACCUAAAGAGCUUGAUGAAAUUCUUAGUAAGUUGAAGGAGUCAAUGAAAUCGGAUAUUAGACAGGCAUCUGUUUGGAAUACUCUAGGCAUCAUACUUCUUAAAACUAGUCGUGUACAGAAUGCUAUAUCAGUGUUGGCAUCUUUAUUAAGUAUAGUUCCAGACAACAUGGACUGCCUUGGAAACCUUGGGAUUGCUUACCUUCAAAGUGGGAAUCUGGAGCUUUCAGCAAAAUGUUUUCAAGAGCUGAUAUUGAAAGAUCAGAACCAUCCUGCUGCUCUAGUCAACUAUGCUGCCAUUCUCCUAUGUAAAUAUGGUUCAGUUGUUGCAGGUACCGGAGCAAAUGCUAGUGAUGGGGCUUCAGGGGAUCAGGUUACAGCUGCCAAUGUUGCAAAGGAAUGCUUGUUAACCGCACUAAAAAUGGAUUCAAAAGCAGCCCAUUUAUGGGGAAAUCUUUCCAAUGCAUAUUAUAUGUCCGGUGAUCAUAAAAGUUCUGGAAAAUGCUUGGAGAAGGCUGCAAAAUUGGAGCCCAAUUGCCUUGCUACAAGAUAUGCUGUUGCAGUCCACCGGAUCCGGGAUGCAGAAAUGUUUCAGAAUCCUGCUGAACAGCUAUCCUGGGCUGGAAAUGAAAUGGUUUCUAUACUUAAAGAAGGAGAUUCUGUUUUCAUUGAACCUCCCAUAGCGUGGGCCGGGCUUGCAAUGGUCCACAAGGCCCAACAUGAGAUCGCAGCAGGAUUUGAAAUUGAACAGAAUGAAUUGGUUGAGGCCGAAGAGCGUGCCAUAUACAGUUUAAAACAGGCUAUCGCAGAGGACCCAGAUGAUCCCGUCCAAUGGCACCAACUUGGCGUUCAUAGUCUUUGUACUCAACAAUUCAAAACAUCACAAAAGUACCUCAAGGCUGCAGUUGCCCGUCUGAAGGAGUGCAGCUAUGCUUGGUCAAAUCUUGGGAUCUCACUGCAACUAUCAGAGACUUCUUCACAAGCUGAAGAAGUGUAUAAGCGAGCUUUGUCAUUGGCAACAGCCAAACAGGCACACACUAUAUUUUCCAACUUAGGAAAUCUCUACCGGCAGCAAAAGCAAUACCAAUUUGCCAAGGCAAUGUUUUCAAAGUCUCUUGAAUUGCAACCUGGCUAUGCUCCUGCUUAUAACAAUUUGGGUCUUGUAUUUGUUGCUGAGGGUAGAUGGGAGGAAGCCAAUUACUGCUUCAACAAGGCUAUCCAGGCAGACCCACUGUUGGAUGCGGCCAAGUCUAACAUGAUUAAAGCAGUGGCCAUGUGUAGACUGUGUACCAGCUCGUCCUCAUGUCUCCUUUAAGAUUCGAUGUUACUCAAACAAAGGAUAGCAAACACAGACAAAAGGAAGCAUAUGAGCGGCUGCAAUUGCAGGUACAAUGGCAAUGCUCAAUUGGUGCCUUCCAGCAAUUCCAAAUGCUUUGGCAAGUUUGAAGUUGGCAACUUCACUGACCGAACUGGCCAUUUUUUGUGUCUGGUCUGUGAAAAGUGUAUCGUUGUAGGACUCGGACUCAGUGUGUUGGCUGCUUCUAGCUUUUUCUCUGCUCCUCGUACUGCAUCUGUAUGUGAGGCUGCAGCCAUGCUUGGUAGAGCUUCGAGUGAGAACUAGGGUUCUGCUUCAAUUGUUUGUCCUUGCAGCAGCACGUGCUUUCGGGUUCUUCUUUACAACAUUCUUCCACCGCGUUGGACUCAGUUAACAAGAUGAAAUCCGACUUCUCAAAUACAGUAAUUGCUGCCUCCAAGCCAAAUGUUUGUGUAAUAUCUCUAUAUUUGAACACAUACCGUCCCUUCAUUUCCAAUUACUACUAUUUUGUGUUCUCGUAUUCAGGAACUUCUUUGUAAUUUUCUUGAGAGAAAUGCAAUGUAAAUAUUAGC